CACUUUUGCUGAUCGUAUAGCACUUGCUUUGCGGUGGUAGCUAAAUUUCGAAAUCGCGCAUUGUUAUCAUCGUACUCUGUAUAAGGACAUGCAGUAGCCCCAAUCUGAAAUGCUUUGGACUGUUCUUUUACCAUUUUUCCUCGGGUAUGUCACUAGAACUACUCUUGUGGAGGCACAUGGACGCCUCAUGGACCCUCCAGCGAGAAACUCGAUGUGGCGAUUCGGAUUUCCGAACCCAGUAAAUUACAAUGACAACGAAUUGUAUUGCGGUGGAUACACAGUACAGUGGGAGCAAAACGAAGGCAAAUGUGGCCUAUGUGGAGAUGCCUUCCAUGUUCAAGAACCGCGACCUCAUGAAGCUGGCGGCAUGUUCGCUAAAGGAAUAAUUACUCGCCAUUACAGUGUUGGGCAGAAAAUCGACAUAGAGGUGGAACUGACUGCGAACCAUUAUGGGAGAUUUGAGGUCUUUAUUUGCCCGAAUAACAACUACAAGCAGGAGGCCAGUCGGGAGUGUUUUGAGCGAUUUCCUCUAUACCUAACUGAGACGAAAGAUGUGGCCUUUGUUAUCCCGGAGGAUGGAGUAAAAAAAGCGGUGUUUCGAUAUCAAGUGCAGCUGCCACCAUACGUAACAUGCACCCAAUGCGUUUUACGAUGGAUUUACUAUACUGGUAACCAAUGGGGCGUUUGCGAUAACGGCACCCAUGCAGUCGGAUGUGGAAAGUCCGAAACGUUCAUCAACUGUGCUGAUAUUGCCAUUACCAGUAACGCAGCAGGCGCAAUUCCUCCGCUGUUUGUUGGCCAAGACAAUCCCUACCAGUUGUACUACCAAGACUACAGGCUGAGCGCUCCAUAUAACGUGUUACCAUUGGUGGUAAGAGAUCAAGUUUGUGUUGCCAAUAGUCUCUACAGGCUGAUACCGGGAAUAGACGAUUGGUGUAUGACGAAUUGUUUGAGGUAUCCUCCCAAUUGUCCAUCGGAAGUCUGCGAAUGUCCAUCAACAUGUGAAGCUGUAGGUGAAUUCAGCGGAAUUAGUGGCGCCGAUAUACAGUGUAUGGAUCAGUGUUUGGUCUACCCGUCCAAGAACUGUUCCAGGACUCAAUGUGCUUGUUACGAAGAAAACAACGGUUUGGAAACAUUCGAUCUCAAAGCCACCAAUAGUCCGGACAACACGAUUUAGCUGCAGAAUUGUAGCGGAAAAACCUGCAAGAAGAAAAAUUUUGGGCAACCACAUAUAAAUAUUUAUAAUUAGCUUUAUUGGUUUCAUAUCGGAGAGUUUGCGUUUUAGUAGCUGGUUAAACCAGUUGAGGCAGGGUCGAUGAUAUUUGCCCACAUUUUUCUUUCCAAUAAAACCCACAAUUAACUAAAAGCUUUUUAAAUUGGCAUCAUAAAAUAUUUGAAAUAUAUGCGGGUUUUAUUGAG